GAAACGGCACAACGUAGAGGCGACGGGGAGAGAGAGAGAGAGAGAGUGAGAGAGAGAGAGAGAGUGAGAGAGAGAGAGAGAGGAAAAAUAUUAAAGCAACGACUGCAAAGUGUUUGAGAUCCAGAGAGAAGGCGAGAGAGGGAGGUUUGGGAGAAUCGCACCGUGAGAGAUUAAAUCCGCCCGUCAGCUGCACGACAGGAGGACUGUGCGCGCAUUUUCUGACAACACGAAAGUGCAUCCCGUCGCUUUUCGGGAUGUGAAGCUCACCGUAACCCACCUGGAUCCGUGCUCCUCACCAAGCCUGUUACGUUUCUCCACUUGGUGUGUUUUGGGGGGGCAUUUCACAACAGCGCUACCAGCCCGGACGGAGCCGCUGACAGGAGCUGCGGGGCAGACACACGCCAGCGGAGUUGUUUACUAUAAUGUUUGUUUGACAGUCGGUUUGCUUUGAGAAGGGGAGUACCAAACCGGGAAGCCGUGGGAAAGGCGGGGCCGAACCGGGGGACUGCCAAACGGGAUUAUUGAGCUCUCCCUGUGCCGAUUCACCCACAGCGACGCAGCGGUUUUUGGGGAGGGGGGGUCGACGGAGGAGCCAGCAACUGGGAUUUAGAAACGCUUCUUUGCAACUCUUUUUCAGUGACUGCCCUCCCGAUAUUGCAUACCAAGUCCUGUGCGCCGGUUAUUUCUGUCAAGCGGUCAGCUGGUUGUGGCCUUUGUCUCCCCGUUUAGGAUCAUAACAAGGUUUGGGGCGCAUAUUUUGGGGAUAAUUUUUCCCCAGCCGGGGUCGGAGUCGGACUAUGGCGGACGACGACAUUCUCUUUGAAGAUGUGUACGAGCUCUGCGAGGUCAUUGGGAAGGGUCCGUUUAGCGUGGUGAGGAGAUGCAUCAACAGAGAGACCGGACAGCAGUUUGCUGUCAAGAUCGUGGAUGUAGCCCAGUUUACCUCCAGCCCUGGACUCAGCACAGAGGAUCUGAAGAGGGAGGCCAGUAUCUGCCACAUGCUGAAGCACCCCCACAUCGUGGAGCUGCUGGAGACAUACAGCUCAGACGGGAUGCUCUACAUGGUCUUUGAGUUUAUGGAUGGAGCAGACCUGUGUUUUGAGAUUGUGAAGAGGGCAGAUGCUGGCUUUGUCUACAGUGAAGCAGUGGCCAGUCACUACAUGAGACAGAUCCUUGAGGCGCUACGCUAUUGCCAUGACAACAAUGUCAUCCACCGAGAUGUCAAGCCUCACUGUGUGCUGUUGGCAUCCAAGGAAAACUCCGCUCCGGUGAAGUUAGGAGGUUUUGGAGUAGCCAUCCAGCUCGGAGAGUCUGGACUUGUGGCAGGAGGUCGUGUUGGUACUCCCCACUUCAUGGCCCCAGAAGUGGUGAAGCGGGAGCCGUACGGUAAGCCUGUGGACGUGUGGGGCUGUGGAGUCAUCCUCUUCAUCCUCCUCUCCGGCUGUCUGCCUUUCUACGGCACCAAGGAGCGUCUCUUUGAGGCCAUUUGCAAGGGCAAAUACAAGAUGAACCCUCGCCAAUGGAGCCACAUCUCAGAGAGUGCUAAGGACCUGGUGAGACGCAUGCUGAUGCUGGACCCUGCUGAGAGGAUCACCGUGUACGAGGCCCUCAACCACCCCUGGCUCAAGGAGCGGGACCGCUAUGCCUACAAGAUCCACCUGCCAGAGACUGUAGAACAGCUGAGGAAGUUCAACGCCCGGAGGAAGCUCAAGGGGGCCGUGCUGGCUGCAGUGUCCAGUCACAAGUUCAGUUCCUUCUAUGGAGACCCCCCCGAGGAGCUCCAUGACUUCUCUGAUGACCCCACCUCCUCAGGACUACUAGCAGCAGAACGAGCUGUGUCUCAGGUGUUGGACAGUUUAGAGGAGAUCCAUGCUUUGACAGACUGCAGUGAAAAGGAUCUGGAUUUCCUCCACAGCGUUUUCCAGGACCAGCAUCUACACACACUGCUCGAUCUCUACGACAAGAUCAACACCAAGUCCUCCCCACAGAUCAGAAACCCCCCAAGUGAUGCUGUGCAGAGAGCCAAAGAGAGUUCCUCCCAAGACGGAGCAAGUGGCGCUUUGAAACAUCUGGAAUGUGUACUGGAAGAGAUCUCCUGCUACCCCGAGAACCACGACGCUAAGGAACUCAGAAGGAUACUGACCCAGCCGCACUUCAUGGCCUUGUUGCAGACCCACGACGUGGUGGCCCACGAGGUUUACAGCGACGAGGCCCUGAGGGUGACCCCUCCGCCCACCUCGCCCUACCUGAACGGAGACUCCCCAGAGAGCACCAACGGAGACAUGGACCUGGAGAACGUCACCAGAGUCCGUCUGGUCCAGUUCCAGAAGAACACAGAUGAGCCCAUGGGUAUCACACUGAAGAUGAACGACUUAAACCACUGCAUCGUGGCAAGGAUAAUGCACGGGGGAAUGAUCCACAGACAAGGAACGUUGCACGUAGGAGACGAGAUCAGGGAGAUCAACGGCAUCAGCGUGGCCAACCAGACUGUUGAGCAGCUGCAGAAGAUGCUGAGAGAGAUGCGAGGCAGCAUCACCUUUAAGAUCGUGCCAAGCUACCGGACGCAGGGCUCCUCGUGUGAGAUAUUCAGCACACCAAUUUCACAACCAAGAUACCGGAACCCCUUCCCCCCUCCGGUCCAGAAAGAGUCCCCCACCACCUCCAGGCAGUCCCCUGCCAAUGGCCACUCCAGCAUUAACAGUUCUAUCUUGGAUCUGCCGUCUACCAUCCAGCCCAAGGGUCGACAGAUCGUACCCAGACCUCCAAUCAAGGAUAAAAUGUCUGUCAAGAUCUACGUGAGGGCUCAGUUUGAGUACGACCCCUCCAGAGACGACCUCAUCCCCUGCAAGGAGGCCGGCAUCCGCUUCCGGGUGGGCGACAUCAUCCAGAUCAUCUCCAAGGACGACCACAACUGGUGGCAGGGCAAGCUGGAGAACACCAAGAACGGCACGGCGGGCCUCAUCCCCUCGCCAGAGCUGCAGGAGUGGCGUGUGGCGUGUAUAGCUAUGGAGAAGACCAAGCAGGAACAGCAGGCCAGCUGUACCUGGUUUGGCAAGAAGAAGAAGCAGUACAAAGACAAGUAUCUGGCCAAGCACAAUGCAGUGUUCGACCAACUAGAUCUUGUCACAUAUGAGGAGGUUGUGAAGCUUCCCGCUUUCAAGAGGAAAACACUAGUUUUAUUAGGUGCUCACGGAGUCGGCAGAAGACACAUCAAGAACACACUCAUCACCAAACACCCCGACAGAUUCGCCUACCCCAUCCCACACACAACCAGACCUCCUAAGAAGGACGAGGAGAACGGGAAGAACUACUACUUUGUGUCCCACGACCAGAUGAUGCAGGACAUCAGCAACAACGAGUACCUGGAGUAUGGCAGCCACGAGGACGCCAUGUACGGGACGCGGCUGGAGACCAUCCGCAAGAUCCACGAGCAGGGGCUGAUAUCCAUACUGGACGUAGAGCCUCAGGCCCUGAAGGUCCUGCGAACAGCAGAGUUCGCCCCAUACGUCGUCUUCAUCGCUGCACCGACUAUCACGCCAGGCAUCAACGAGACGCCCAGGUGGUGCCGCACGCUGCCAGACGAGUCUCUCCAGCGGCUGCAGAAGGAGUCGGAGAUCCUGCAGAAGACCUACGCCCACUACUUCGACCAGACCAUCAUCAACAAUGAGAUCGAUGAGACCAUCAGGCACCUGGAGGAGGCCAUUGAUCUGGUGUGCACCACCGGCCAGUGGGUGCCCGUCUCCUGGGUCUACUGACCUGCACUCCUCUGUCACUCCCUCCUCCUCCUCCUCUUCUUGCCCUCUCCCUCCCCACCUGUCCCUUCCUGCUCCUCCCUCUCCUGUCCCACCUCCUUCCUUCCUCCCCCCCCAACGGAUCCAGCGACACCUCUGCAAAACUCCCAACAUUCCCUCAGCAAAACACUAAAAUAAAAUCAACGCAACUGAUCAGAAACCGUCUCUCUACACUGCACUUGACCGUCGAACAGCCAAUCAAACCGAUUUAAAAAAACAAAAAAGAAGAAAGAAAGAAAAAAGGACAACUGCAGCAACCAAUGGAAAUCCUCUUUGCGCUGCGCAAACACCUGCAGCAGCCAAUCAGACUCUUGCCCUUACAGACUACCUAGUCGUAGUGUUGUAUAAACAAAGUAAAAAAAAAAAAUCAAAAUGAAUAUUGUCAUGUCUGUUCUAGCUAGGAGGCGACAUUUUUGUAGAUGUUUGUUUUAAAGAGACAGUACUGUACCCCCCUCCUCCUCCUCCUCCCGUGUCGGCGCACUGGGACGGUGCGACUGUCCCGCCCUGCCCACCUCUCCUCCCGCCAUCCCAAUCACAUCACAUAGUCCCGUCAGGUGUUGUAGUACGAAGGCGUUUAGCUCCACGGAAAGACACUGUCGGUGGGUAUUCUCUCUCUCUCUGCUAGCAGACUGAAGAAAAGCACACGGUCGCCGCAGUGUCUCUCGCCCCUCACUGUCUGCUCAUCCCUUUCCUUUGUAGGCUGUCGAACUGGGUUACAUCCUCUCAUAACGUACUCCUAUUAUGAGCUUUGGUUCAGUAAGCGUAUGGCCACAGCUACCCCACGCACAACAACUCACACUAACACCUUUCUACCAGGUACUGUCUCUUCUAAAUAAAACCAUAAAUGUUUUAGAGAUUUGAAUGAGGUAUCAUGCAUGUGGACAUUCGCAAGCUUCCAUGCUGUCAGUCAGUGUUUCCCCGUGUCCCACUGUAAACCUCCAAGAGAGAAAAAAAGAGAAGAAAAAAUAACAUGAAUAAUAAUAAUAAAAAAAAAAAAACAUUCCAGCUGUUUGGAAGACUGAACUCAACCAAGGGAAGCAAGAGGAGCAAGGAAAUGACUCAAAGCCGGACGUUGACUUGACACCUAUGCACAUCCCUUGCAUUUUGGGCGACAUUUCUAAACAACAGAUUUCUAAAGAAUCGACCAUGUAGUGAGAUGUGUUUGUAAAAAAAGAAAAGAGAAAAAAAAAAAAAAGCAUAAAUAAAAUGUCUCAAUUUUUGAUUUGUCAUACUCCGAAAAAGAUCAGGACAUGGGGGAAGAAUUUCACUCCUCAUUUGCCAUUUCAGAAAAUGUGUUGUCCAAGAGUAUUAAUGUUUCAAUUAAGUUUAAUCGACGAGAGAUAAAAAUGCUGAUUUUUAUUCUGCAACUGUGUAUCUGUUUGAAAAGGAUGUUCUCACUAUACAUUCUGCAAGGUGUGACUACUUUGCAAGGGAGGAGGAGGCAGUGUGUGUAUCUGAAUAACCAUGUAUAUGAAUAUGACAGACUGACAUCCAACUGCCCCAGUGUAAAUGACUCUGCAAUGAUAAAAGUUCUUCAGUAUGAACAAUUUUUUAAAUAUAUUUCCUUUUAUGUGUCGAAAAAUUAA